ACGCGCCGCCCCCGCCGCAUCUCCAUCCACCCCACCACCACCUCACAAAUGGCCUCCUCCAUGACCGCAGCGUCCUCCCUCGUCUCCGCGCCCGUCGCGCUCCGCGCGACGCGCCGCGUCGCCUCCCGCGCGACGCGACGCGCCUCCGCGACGACGCCGCGAGCCGCGGCGUCCGUCGAGACGAUGCAAGGCGCCGGCGGCCUCGACGCGGUCAAGAUCACCGGCGGCGACGGCUCCGUCGCGACCGCGUACCUCUUCGGCGGCGUCGUCACGUCCUUCGUCAAGGACGGCCGCGACGUCCUGUACGUGCGCCCGGACGCGGUGUUCGACAAGUCCAAGCCCAUCAGCGGCGGGCUCCCGCACUGUUGGCCGCAGUUCGGCCCGGGAGACAUUCAGGUGCACGGCUUCGCGCGCAACGUCGACUGGGCGCUGACGGGGAUGAAGUGCGACGGCGACGACGCGACGAUCGAGAUGACGCUCACGCCGAACGACUACACGAAGGCGAUGUGGGACAAGGAGUUCAAGGUCACGCAGACGAUCACCGUCGGCGGCGGCGAGAUGAAGGCGACGAUGAAGGUGAUCAACGCGGGGAAAGAGUCGUUCGACUUCACCGGGUCUUUCCACGCGUACUUCGCCGCGGACAUCGACGCCGUCAGCGUCGGCGGCCUCGCCGGGUGCAAGUCGCUCGACAGGCUCGCGAACGAGGAGGGCGUCGUCGACGGCGACGUCACGAUCGCCGGCCCCGUCGACUCGGUGUACUACGACGCGCCGGCGAAGUUGUCUCUCGCCGUCGGCGGCGGGAACGACGUCUCCAUCUCCAACAGCGGCGGAUGGAAGGACGCGGUGGUGUGGUCGCCGUGGACGGACAUGGAGGCGUGCUACAAGGAGUUCGUGUGCGUCGAGCCCGCGGCGUGCGGCGAGCCGGUGACCGUUCCCGCGGGCGGGGAGUGGGAGGCGACCACCGUCCUCGCGUGAUGCGAUUUCAUUUCGCGCGCGACGGACGCGGCGUUCGACUCUGAAGUGAGACAGCUGUGCUCUCCGCGACGAACGAACGCGAGGAGGAGCCGAGUGCGGCGUAACGGAUAGAUCUGCCUGCUGCGUUCGUUUCUCUCUUCUUUCUAUUACGUAUUACGCACGACAUCGUC